AAAUUUGUUUAAUUUAACAAUUCACACAAAGAUAAGGCUGAGGAGACAAUAAAAUACACUAAUCAGUUAGUUCUGCUCAAUUUAUUAUUUAUCUCAGCAAAUGGGAAACGUAGUUUAGAAUUAAAUACAGGUUUGAUAAUAUCAGAAUAAAAAAGAAGAGAGGCCACUUUGAAAAAAUUGUAAUCUUCAAAUAUACGUAGCUGAUAUAAAUACCUCAUACUACGUAGGCACAUUCUUACUACAUACAGGGUUUAAUUCAAAACCAACCAUAAUGUCACUAUCAAAGCCCAUCUAUUCGUUGGUAGGAAUUUACUUGGAGCAACUUUUCAAUCAUCCGGUGCGCACCAAAUCUAUAACUAGCUCUAUACUAGCAGGAUCGGCGAAUUAUACUGCGCAGCGCAUUGCUGGCCAAAAGGUCAAUCAGGAAAGUGUAAUCGCGUAUAGCCUCUUUGGCCUAAUCUUUGGCGGCACUGUACCACAUUAUUUUUACCGAACGGUGGAACGUCUCUUCAAUCAUGAUAUGAAGUUUCGGCGGUUUUUCCAGUUCUUGUCUGAACGCUUGGUUUUUGCUCCAUUCUACCAACUGCUCUCACUAUAUUUUCUAUCCAUAUUUGAGAUGAACUCGCAUGAAGUCGCUGUUGCUAAUUUGAAAAAACUCUAUUGGCCGCUACUGCGUACCAAUUGGCAGUACUUAUCCAUUCCUGUCUUUCUCAAUAUGGCAUUUGUUCCUCCAAUGUUGCGCACAGUUACAAUGAGUAUAGUGUCCUUCAUUUGGGUGGUCUACAUGGCGCGUCGGCGUCGCCGUCUUCAGGAGAAGUCAACCGGUGAUUCAGAUAAAAAAGGAAACCAGUGAUUGUAUCAAUAAUAUUAUAUAUUAAUGUUUCAAAUAUCAUUCCCAAAGGAUUGGUAAUAUAUAGGGUAAUAUGGUGCUUUUGUAUUUUACUGUUUAUAAAUUUAUACAAAACUUGAUUAUGCGACAUGAAAACUGUAUACAAACUAAAAGAGCCAAGCCAAUAAAUUCAUGUAUUUUUGGGUU